AUGACACAAUCUCGUCGUAAAAACCUUUCGGCGCCUAAAGCAAACAAACUUCAUCAUUGCUCCAAGGUAAAAUGUCACCGUUCAUUACCAUUGAAUCAUCCAAUUUCGUAUACAAAUGGUCUAUGUGAACGACAUUUUUUUUUAAUUGAUCUUCCUUCAAUCGAUGACGAUAAUAAUGACAAUAUUAAUAAUAGUUAUUUGUCUAAUGAAUCAAAAGAAAAGCAAAUCCAACAAACAAAAAAUCAAUAUGAACCAUUACGAGGUGAUACACGAAUAACACGUGAAGUUUUUGAUGGUUGUCAAUGGCAUAUGUAUGAAGAUACAAUUGAUCAUGAAACAUCAAAAAUUAGUCAAAUGAUUGAUUCAAACCUUGGAACUAAAUCUUCAAAUAUUAAUAAUGAAACUUUAGUACAAAUAUUUCAUUUAGUAUCUAGUUACAAAACAAUUCUUGAUGAAUUAAAAGAAAAACAUUCAAAAUGA